GCUGGCCAAACGCGAGCCGGUCAUUCGUUCUGCGCACACCCGGCGGCGGCCACUAUGGGCACCCGGGAGCCGGUGGCGCUGCAGGACUUCGUGCGGGACCUGGAUCCUGCGUCGCUCCCACGCGUGCUGCGGGUCUGCUCCGGAGUCUACUUCGAGGGCUCCAUCUACGAGAUCUCGGGAAGCGAAUGCUGCCUGUCCACGGGGGACCUGAUCAAGGUUACCCAGGUUUGCCUCCAGAAGGUGAUCUGUGAGAACCCGGCCACGGGUCAGACCAUGGAACUCGAUCCCACCUUUCCAGGCCACUUCAGCCCUGUCAUCAGCCGCAGGAGCUACGAGACCUUGGAGGAGAUGGUCCCGCGUUGGAGCCCCUCGCAGCUGCCCAUUUACUUCAUGUCACCCUACAGCAUGGUCACAAAGGCCGAGGUGGUGUUUGAGGAACAGCUCUUCACGCUGGAGGCCGUGGAGGUGCACCUCGGGACUCCCUACGCGCGCUGUAUCCACAAAUGGGGACCCCAGCAGGUUGUCCUGCAUCUGCCUCUGUCCCAGAAAGGGCCUUUCUGGAAAUUAGAGUCUGGAGCCCCCCAAACCCUGCCCCAGAUCCUGCAGGACCCGGCUCUGAAGGACAGCAUGCUGAUCUGCCCCAACCUACCCUGGCCCUCCUUGACCCUGAAACCUCAGUAUGAAGUUCAGGCCAUCAUGCAUAUGCGCAGGACCAUCGUCAGGAUCCCGUCCACCCUGGAGGUGGAUGUGGAAGACAUCACGGCCUCCUCCCAGCACAUCCACUUCAUCAAACCCAUGCUGCUCAGCGAGGCCCUGGCCCAGGGCGGCCCCUUCCCCCUGCUCACCGAGAUCCUGGAGGUUCCCGAGGGCCCCCCCCUCUUCCUCAGCCCGUGGGUGGGCUCCUUGAGGAAAGGCCAGAGGCUGUGCAUCUACGGUCCAUCCUCAGCACCCUGGCGGCUCCUGGCCUCCAGCAAGGGCCGGAAGGUGCCCAGACACUUCAUGGUAUCGGCGGCCUAUCAGGGCAAGCUGCGGCGGCGGCCCAGAGAGUUCCCCACGGCCUACGACCUCCUGGGUGCUUUCCAGCCAGGCCGGCCUCUCCGGGUGGUGGCUACAAGAGACUGUGAGGGCGCAGAGGAGAACGCUGAAAUUGCCUCCCUGGCUGUGGGUGACCGGCUGGAAGUGUUGGGGUCCGUCCAGAUGCUUGGGGAGCAGGGCCAGGACGUGGACAUGUUGAUGUGCCAGCGGCUGAGCGAGCAGGCUGCGGAGGACGAGGCGGGCACAGAUGAAGAGGUGGAGGAGGAUCAGGAGCAGAUUCUGCUGCCGCUCUUCCUCCCUGGGGGCUUCGUGGAGGAGCUGAAUGAUGGCCGGCGCUACAGCCUCGCCGACCUCAUGGCCCAGUUCUCGCUGCCCUGUGAGGUCAAGGUGGUAGCCAAGGACCCCAGGCAAACGGAUGACCCUCUGGUCUCCUUCGGGGCCCUGCGGCUGGAGGAGAAGAUCACAGAGUCCUUCAUGAUGGUAGGGCUGGACGCGCAGCCGGGCCUGUGCUUUGAGAUCCCUCCACAGUGGCUGGACCUGACUGUGGUGGAGGCCGAGGGGCAGCCCGGCCAGCCGGCUGAGCCUCUGCUCGUGGAAGAGCUGACGGACGCCUUCUACUACAGCCUUCGCAAGUUACCAGCUAGUAAGAGCCAAGCCCCACCGCCCAGGCCCCCCAAAAGACAGAGCCUCUGCGAGCAGAAAAAAACAAGCAGCAAAGAGAGUAUGGUAAAGCAGACUCCUGCACUGUGCAGACUCAAGGCAAACACCAUGCCAGACACUUCCAAGGACAAAUCAAGUUUAUAUAGCAAGAUUGAUACCUUGGUCUCCAAGAGCCUCAAUCCCAAGGUCUUGCCACAGGACAGAGGGAAAAGGAUGAAACCUAAGGCCUCCAGCAUGCCACGCAAGCACUGUACUUCUGAGCGAGAGCCCACGCCCAACCAGGACCCUUUUCUAGAUGUGGAUGCCCACGACUAUGAAGAAUUAGUUGAGAACUUUCAGAAAACCAUCUAGGUGCCAGAGAAGCCAUGCCUCUCAGCUGCUGCUCUAAACACCUGGGGUAGAGUCACCCAGAAAUCAGAGUGAGAUUGCAACAGAAAUGGAUACUGCUCCAGCUUCCUUCAGACUCUAGGGUCCUGCCCUUGGAGGCUGGUUUGUUUGAACCCUGCAUGUCACCCUUUACUCCCUGAGCUUCAGACCUUUGGUAUCCAGAACAAGCCCCACGAGCUGUUACUUCACUGGAUGAAGAGUCUGAGGCCAAUGGAGCUGGCUCAAUGCUCAUCACACAGCCCUGUCACCCCUGGCCUUAAAUCCUGCUUCAUCCCAGGCUCUGUAUGGGAGACCAGGACUGUUUCUUCAUUUUAGGAACCUCUAGCACAGAAAUGGGGCUUGCAUAAAUAAUGGUGGCUAUUUGGCUUCAAGAGCAGAGUCUCUGGGGUUUAGGUCUCAAAAGCUAAUGUUGGAGCUCAAGGAGCCAGUUUAUCCUUAGCAAGGCCCAAAGCAGCAGGAAACUGGCAGGUUGUCAGAUGGUGCUAAGAUAUCAUUAAAAUUGUAAAUGAUUAUCCAAGAUUAUUUCAUUGUAAAGCCACAGAAUAAAAAUGACAUUUGAGCUUC